AUGGCAGCGACAACGCUGGCCAACCCACUCACCUCCCGCGCCACAUGUACAGACACGGACAAGAUCAAUGCCUGCAAGGCUGAGAUCCAGACCAUUCGCUCGCACUCAGCGGCUGACGCUGCGAAAAUCCCCCUUGCACCACUUGCAUCCCGCACUUUCUACAUCACGCUGUCUGAGGCAAACUUCACCAUGUUACCUCCAGUGAAUGUGGGCUUCACUGCGGAGACAGUCCGCGCUGAGCUCGUGCUUCUUGCCACCCUCUUGGAUGCUGGUGUCCCUCAAGGGUCUGACUCCUACAUCGUCAACUCCAACGGUACCGUCACAUCUGACUUCAUCCAAACGGAUCGUUUGGUCUUGCCGGCGGUACAGGUCCGGGAGAUUCAUGAGUUCAAUGCUGCUUGCCAGAUCACAAAGAUCACAGGUUACGUCAAUGGGCCGCUUGUCGACUUCGUCAAGAUCUAA